AUGCAUGACUUCGUUUACUUUGAGUCCUCGGCAACUGCUCCCUAUCAAAUUCGGCGAAUUGAUGAACUCAACAAGACUCCAACUGGUGCAGUAGAAGCCAAAGUUGCAUGCUACUACAGGCGUCGGGAUAUAUCCAUAACUUUAAUCAAUCAAGCUGAGAGAUACUAUUCUUACCUAAGCUUAUCGACAUAA